AUGGCAAAGCAGUCGCACCUGAGGCUUGCUAAACCUCUUGCUACUGCAUACUUCCUGGGGUUACUGUCGAGUAGCGGUCCACGCAUUCUGCGAAUUCUGUUUCUCUAUCUUGUCAAAAGAAAGUUGACACGAAGGGCCGCGUGGUCACAGCUUAAUGACAUCUUCAACCAAGCACUCAACGUGCACCAAUUCCCAGCCUUUUGCGCCACCCUCGUUGGCGGUUCGACGUUGCUUCAGUUUCCAUUCAAAGCCCUCACUUUCGCCGCUCUGCGUUCCAUCAAAUCCUCUCCUAAGGCACUCGACUUUUGGAUUGCCAGUCUCUGUGCAAAGUUCACAGCAGCUCUUCUAUCGGCAUCUAUCUCCUUCCGUUUGCUGAACAGUGCUCCUGCAGAGCUCCCACCUAUCCAUGCAUCUGGAGAGUAUCCAGUCCGAAUGGCCGAACCUGGCCCAUUCAACGAGCCACCGGAAGAAACGUCUGGAGAAGUAGACCAUGCGACACUCCGCGCAAAAUCUCUUUGUAGGUCUGACCUGGCCGGCAGAACUAUGGAUUUGACGCUGUUUUCGGUGGUGAGAGCCCUCGACAUUGUAUUGAGCACCACGUGGGAGCACACAACACUAAAGCCAAAAUCUCGAUUACGGGAAGCCGCUCAUAAUGUACCAACCGUCCUGUUCUGCAUGUCAGCGGCAACCAUCAUGUGGUCAUGGAUUUACUCUCCCAGCCGCUUACCUCAAGCUUACAACACUUGGAUAUCUGCUGCCGCAGAGAUUGACAGUCGCCUUGUGCUUGCUCUUCGACAUGCUCGGUACGGCUCAUUCCUGUAUGGCAAGGACACAGGCAUGGCCCCUCUUCUAGGUUCCAUGGCCCGCGAUUACGGUCUACCAGAGGAUCUGGGUGAUCCCUCCAAAACUGUGCCCAUACCAUGCGAGCUUGUACAUAUGGGCCGCACAAAGAGCUGCGAGGUACACGCCUUGUGGCGCUUCUGGCGGGGCUGGGCAUUCGCAGCUAGAAUGCACUUCCCCCUGCAGGCCAUAAUCUUGACUAUGCGCGUGAAGAUGGCCUACCGGCCAAAGAACAAACUCGCGGGCUUGACAAAGGAAGCUUUGCUGCAGGCUAUAGGCAAGGCUACAAGGCACUCUGCCUUCUUAGGUGCCUUUGUCUCAUCAUUCUACUACAGUAUAUGUCUGGCAAGGACGCGACUUGGGCCCAAAUUAUUCUCAUCUAAAUCAGUCACGCCUCAGAUGUGGGAUUCUGGACUCUGUAUAUUGGCUGGAUGUCUUUCCUGUGGGCUUAGCAUGCUUGUUGAGGAGUCCAAACGACGACUCGAAAUCAUGCUCUUUGUUCUACCCAGGGCCGCUGCUACCUGGUUACCUCGUCGAUAUCUCCCCGAAGAUCGAUGGAAGGAACAUGUCGCAUUUGCGCUCAGUGCAGCUAUUGUCAUUACAACGGCACAAGAUAGCCCGAAGCGAGUGCGUGGUGUGCUAGGCAAGGGUUUACAAAAAGUCUUGGAUACAAACUGA